AUGUCGCCUGCAACCCUUCAAGUCAAUCCUAGUUCGAAGCUGCCGUCGCCCGGGUUCAACGCCGGUGCGCGACCCUACCGAUCUCACAAGGUCCGCGCCUGCGACCUGUGUCGCAAGCGCAAGUCCCGAUGCACGGUCGAUAUCCCGGGCCAAUCCUGCCUCCUAUGUCGCGUGCAGGGGGCAGACUGCCACUACCAAGAGGAGCCCAAUCCGGACUCCUCAGUCUUGAGCACAACGGAAACCAAGCCGUGGUCGGGAGCGCCGCCGGUUGAACCCAUAUCGGGACAGAAGCGCAAGCGCAGCCCCGAGAGACUUCCUGAGAGACUUCCUCUCUCGCGUCAGUCAACCAAUGGACCUAGUCCGCAAGGGACAACUUCCUCUGGUCGCCGUGGCAGUGAUGCACGGCGCAAAGAUGACGACCCGCACAAUGAGUCAGUCCUCAUUGUCGGCCCUAUGGUUGCAGAGGAUGCGCAGGUUAUUGAGCAACAUAUGCCCCCCGAGCGAUCGAGUCUAUCCGAAGAACCUAAUAGCCACCCAUACAACAUCUACUCGAGCGAUCCACGGAAGCCUGUGCUCUAUACCACAAUCUCACGGCGGAGGAAGGGUAUGCGCCGGGGAGUUCCGCCUGGUGAAAACCAGAGAGAGAUCUUGGAGCAAAUUCUAGGUCCUUUCAAACACGACCUUGUCAGACUCUUCAUCGACCGGUUCAAUGUCGCAUUCCCAAUUUUUGACGGUGAACAGUUCUGGGAGUCUUAUAUCACAGAAGGACUCGAAGAUCCCCCAGCGUCGCUGAUCUGCCAAGUAUAUUCAAUGUCACUCGUGUAUUGGAAACAUACCCAGAAGCUCGCAUGCCAUCCAAAGCCCGACGUUCGAUACGCGGUCAACAUGACGGUGGCUGCUUUGCACGAAGAGUUCUCUGCGCCUGGACUGUCCACGAUCAGCGCGGCAUUGAUUGACUUGACGGGAAGACCCAUCUUCUCCAUGACUGGAAACGCAAUCAGCUGUGGACGUAUGUUGUCUCUGGCCAACUGUCUCGGGUUGAACCGCGAUCCAAGUCAUUGGAAACUCUCGCAACAAGAAAAAGAUCAGCGAGUACGUCUUUGGUGGGGUGUAGUAAUUCAUGAUCGAUGGGGAAGCUUUGGUCACGGUGUACCGCCACAGAUCGCCAAAACCCAAUACGACGUACCCUUGCCUACAGUUGACAGCCUCGUUCCUCCAAAUCUUCGUACGACCGAGCGCGUGAGAGCCGCCCACUGCCAUAUCUUCUUGUGCAAGUUGACCGAGAUCCUCGGCGAACUAUUGCCUUUGGUCUACGGCUUGCAGGCCAAACCGGCACGAGAAAGCUCCAAGAAGAUCCGACAAAUCCGGACCGAUCUAGAUAUGUGGGAGGACUCUCUUCCUGACUGGUUGCGAUCACCAGUCAAUAACCGUGGGGAACAACUGUCUGCUUCCAGCAGCUUACAACUCGCUUUCUUGGCAGUCAAGAUGCUUGUCAGCCGAGUGGAAUUGAAUGAGGUCAACAACGCUGAUACCGACAACCCCGAAGCUCGUCGCUAUUUCCAAACCGAAUGCCGCAGAUCCGCAGAAGAGAUAGUGCGCUUCAUUACCUCCUUGCGAAAGGAUAAUUUCAAAGAAUUUUGGCUGCCAUACAGCGCUUUCCACUUAACGUCCACGGCCACCCUCUUGGUCCGCUGCGCCCUCGAAACAAACGACACCGAAGUAGCCCGGUCCUGUCUUGCCAACGUGGAAACCCUGCGCAACGUGCUACGACGCGUUCGCGAAGAGGAAGACUGGGAUGUGGCUGACAUGUGUCUGGAUCACUGCGAACGAAUCAUGCACCGACUCCCCGGUACAGGCGCUACCAUCGAUCAGCCGCUGACUGCGGCGGCUAUGACUGAUAACGGGCUGGUCAACCCAGCUGCGAUUUCACUGCCCGAGACGCAAACCAAUAAUGAUAUUGUGGAUGACAUGAUGUCUAUUUCGAAUACUUUCGGCACGAUGGACGGAUUCCCCUUCGAUAUGACGGGUAUCUGGGACGUUUCCGUAUUCCAGGAUGUCAAUCUGCACGAGGGAUGA